AUGCAGGACCUUCUGCUGGAGAUCCUGGUGUACUUGAUCUUCCUGUACUUGAUCCUGUCCGUGAGCUACGGCGCCAGGGACCCCCACGUCUACUACAUGAGGAGUAAUGUGGAGAAUAUCUUCGUGAAAACUUCGUCCACUACCUGCCCGGCUUUCGAGAAGGCCGUCCUCGAGAGCCACCUGUGGUGCUGGGCGCGCGAGGUGUUGGUGCCCAGCCUGCUCGACACGCGGCUGUACACGGGGGAGCGGCGACCCCAGGACAUGUGCGGGACGAUAGCUGAUCAGGUGACCUUCCUCCUGGGUCAUGCGAUCUUCCGGCAGAUUCGUAUCCGGCCAGGUUCUCCGAAUCGCCACCCGGCCACGCACGAGAACAAAGAGGACGACCGUGACUUUGGCUUCGGCUGGAACGAGACCGCGCCCACGGAAUCGCACUUCGAUUACAUGUCCGCCUUCAAGAUCCACGGAUUUCCUUACGAGGGCACCAUCGAUACGUAUGGCGGCGGAGGGUACUUGGUCGAGCUAAAAGGGCCUAUGAGCCAAGCGGAGAGGACCGUGGACGAGAUGGAGGCAGAGGGCUGGAUAGAUAAAUACACGAAGGCGAUUUUCACGGAAUUUGCUGUUUACAAUCCCCAGGUGAACCUCUUCGCCGCCGUCAUGUUCAUCUUCGAGUUCCUCCCGAGCGGCGGCCUGGUCACCAAGUUCGAGUUCCAGGGCCUGACGCUCCUCCGCUACCAUCGUCCCGGCGGCUUCUACGUGCUGGUAUCCGAGAUCGGCUACAUCCUCUUCACGAUCUUCUACACCAGGAGGGAGUACAAGGCCUACAAGAAAGCGGGCAGGGCGUACUUCAAGUCGGUGUGGACCUUCAUGGAGAUCUGCGUCCUCCUGCUGUCCUACGCCGCCAUCGUCCUGUACCUCCUGAAGACGUCGCUCACCUACUACACGCUGGACAAGUUCAUCGCGACGAAGGGCAAAAAGUACGUGCGCAUCCAGCCCCUCGCCUUUCUGGACUCGACGCUCGUGUACGUCAUCUCGUUCCAGGUGUUUAUAGGUAACAUAAAGCUCCUGAAACUCCUGAAGUUCAACAAGAGGAUCGGAAUGCUCUCGUCGACGCUGAGGUACGCCGCGCCGGACGUCCUCGGCUUCGGCUUGCUGUUCGUCAUCACCCUCGCGGGCUUCGUGUCCGUGUUCUUCCUGAACACCCACACCACCGUCAUGGAGUUCUCGACGUUCGUGAAGGCGGCCGAGUCCAGCUUCUUCCUCAUCAACAAGAAGUUCGACGACAUCGCCAACGCGGCGCCCGUCCUCGGCCCCGUCUUCUACUUCGUGUUCGCCUUCAUCCUGUACUGGGUGGUGUUCCAGCUGCUGAUCGCCAUCAUCUGCGAGGCCUUCGCGCAGGUCAGCAAGGACCUCAACCUGCAGGCCAACGACUACGAGGUCAUCGAGUACCUGACGACCCGCCUGGCCGCCUACCUCUCGGCGCUGCGCCCCAACGCCGUCCGCGCCGCCAACAUCCCGCCGCCCAAGCCCCCCGACGUGGACUCCCUCCUCAGGCACCUCGACCAGUCCCUCGACCGCACGCUCGAGGCCUUGGACCAAGCCACGCCGAAGGCCCUGCCGGAGGAGGCGGAGGCGCAAGGAGGAGGGAAGAAGAUACCGGCCGGGGAGGCGAGGAUACAGGAACGAGCUUGCACCCCUCUGCCGGAGGGAACUCGAGCGCACGGACGCAUAGGAGAUGCCAUACGAGUAGAGUAA